AUGAGGCUUCUCACCCCAGUCUUCCUCUUGCUUCUAAUCAGCGCUGCAAAAUCCCAGACCAUCGACGACAUAAAGCUUCCCCUCAUCUACUUCCUCCGAAAGCUCAGUCCAAACAAUCCCAACAUCGACCGCAACCUAAACUGGACUGCAAAUUCCGACCCCUGCUCUGAUCGAUGGCGAGGAAUCACCUGCAACAACCGAUUGCAAUCUCUUCGAUCUAUCGAUCUCGAAUCCUUCAAACUCACUGGUUCCAUUGACGGCGAACUCCUCUCUAUCCUCUGCAACUCGAGCUCUCUAACAAUACUAAACCUCAAUUCUAAUUCCCUCACCGGAAACCUCCCGCCGGAAAUCUCCUAUUGCUCCCAGCUGACAAACCUCUUUCUCAGCGACAAUCGCCUCUCCGGAAGCCUUCCUUCUUCUCUCCCAAACCUAAGAAACUUGAAGAAGCUCGAUAUCUCCAACAACAACUUCUCCGGUGAUCUUCCAUGGAACCUAUCUGACAUCUCGGGCCUCGAUACCUUCCUCGCCGAUCACAACCACUUCACUGGCACAAUCCCGGAUUUCGACUUGAACUAUUUCAAUAACUUCAAUGUGUCCUACAACCAAUUCUCAGGUUCUGUGCCUUUGAACUCUGUAAAUUUCCCUUCAUCAAGCUUUAACGGUAACCCUGGGCUCUGUGGAAAGCCACUUGAUGUCUCAUGCUCUCCUCCUCCUCCUCCAUCUUCUUCCGUUUCUGAAUCAAAGAAAGCACCGGUGAAUACAGUUGUACUGAUAUCAGGCUAUGUUCUUUUCGGCUCAACCUUGGUUCUGUUAUUGCUGUACUUCCUGAGGAAGAAGAAGAAGAAGAACAGGGUAAUUACUCCAAAGAGAGAACCAAGCGACAGAGAACUCUUAAGCAGCAGUGAGAAGCAGGAAAGUAAUUUGGUGUCUGAAUACUCAAUCUCUUCUCCUCAGAGCGCAGAGGAGGGUUCGUCGAGCUCCCUGAUUGUGCUGAGCAAAGAUAGAAGAAGAAAAGAUCUGAGACUGGAAGAGCUGCUUCGAGCUCCGGCAGAGUUGAUGAGAAAGGGAAAGAGAAGAGUUUCGGAAAAAAAUUAUGAGAAUCGGUGA